AUGCGCUUCACCGUACUAAUCUCAGUCUGCAUCUGCAUCCAGUAUGGAGCGAUAACUAACGGUCUUCCAAAUCACUCAUAUAAUCGACUCGUAUCACCUUCUUUACAAAGACGUAUGCACGAUAUAAAAAUUUCGGAAGAAGUGGAGCCACUUCUUGGGCAUGUGAACCUUCAGACCGAAAAACCAUUGAACGGAAACUCCGCUGGUAAAAUAUUUGUUGAAAAGCAACCGCUCUCAUCCAUUAAAGAAGACGAGGAGCUGGUCCCUUCAUCACCUGAACCUGAAGCUUUUGAACAUGGAACCCUGAAGGCUAAAGGACAAUCUGAUCCUCUUGUUGGCCACGUAAUGGAUCACAAGGAACCGAUCAAACCUAUCAAAAAGGAGAAAGAAGUCUUCAAGACCCAAAUCCCAUCAGGAGAAGUUUCGAUACCCGUAACUGAUCAACAAUUGCGACUUGCUGCCUUGAAAUCCAAAUAUAGAGAAGAAUGGAAAGAGAAAAAACUUGAUGUGGAUCAAAUGUUACGUCUUCAUGAUCGUCUUAAACUCUCUUCAGAUGGAGUUCCUUCAAUUAGUUUCCCACCUACUAGAUUUCAAAAAGAUCCAAAGAAGAUACGCGAUUCAAGUGAUAUAAAACUAACAAAGAAUUCAAAAGGUUCAAAGGAAGACCCAAAACUAGAACCUUUACUGGAUCUCGGAAUUGAUGCGAAAAGCGCAAAACCACAUAAGUUUACAGAAGAUCAAUUAAAAUGGUACUUGAAAAAAUUUAAAUUAUCUAAUCAGAAUGACUUUGAAAAGGAAAAAUUUCAAUUAUAUUUAAAACAUUAUAUUGGACAAACAUGGACACGAGAAGACUUAGAAUGGGUUGAAGGAAAACCAAGAUGGGUAUUAGAAAAGUAUGUAAAACAAUGGAAAGAAUUAGAUUUAAAUGAAGAAAAGAUGAUCAAAUUAGGUGGAUUACUUGGACUUUAUACUGAAUUAGAUGAAGUUGAAUUUAUUACAAAACAAUCCUUUUAUCAUUUAAACACUUUUCUUCAAAAUGAACCUGAAUCAGCUAAAAAGAUGUUGAAAUGGUAUAAAAAAGCUACCUUACCUUCUUUGUCUACUGUAUCACAAAAGAUAUUGAAUAUCAAUUUGAAGCAUGUUAAAAAAGAACCUUGGUGGUCAGACGAUAAUUUAAGAAUAUGGAAAUGGUACGAUUAUCAUAUGUUGGGUGGAUUUCGACGAUUUCAACUCUUGAUAGUUCAAAUAGGUGAUGUUUUACGCUUAGGAGAGAAUUCUCUUGAACCAACAAUCGAAGAGAUCAAAAUAAUGAAGAGUGAUUUGAUUCCUAUAUUCAAAAGAUUUUCCUACAUCAUCGCUAAACCUUCGACACGCCAAACACAUAAUUUUCCAACUAUCAUAGCAGAUGAGCUAGACGUAAUCACACAAUCGGCAGAAGGCGACUCUUUAUUUUCUAAACGAAUGGAAUCGAUGGACCUUACAAAAGAAGAAAAAGAGACAUUCUCUACAAAGUUUCUUGAUCCUCACGUCACAGAUGAAGAAUUAAUGAGGCCUGUUAUAGAUACCUUUAAGAUUCAAUGGUUAUUGAAUGGAUGGAAUCCAACAGAUGGGUAUGAAUUCACAUCAGCAUUACGAAAAUUACUACCUAAAUCGAAUUCAGAUUUAUUCAAAUCUUUGAAACAAUCACCUGAACUUUGGAAUUCAAUCUCACCUGGAAAUCAUAUUUCGAAUGGUAAAUUAUCGAAACAAAGUGUAGAGUUACUUGAAUUUUAUUCAAAACUUUUAAAUAAACCCGAGAUUACGAAAAAGAUUUGGGUUUAUCAGUGCUAUUUGGGAAAGAUUCAAGUCACUGGGUCGAUGAAGGAUGGAUUUGGACAUAUUGCUCGUUCUAGAAUCAAUCUCAAUUCUCAACGAAGACAGCAUAAAGAAACAUACUGA